CCGUUGCAAUUGGAUCGUUCCUUAUUUCAACACAGUGGAAUGAAAAUAGCCAGAUAAAUCAUCAAGAAUGUCAGCGUCUUUGGCAAUACCACCAUUGCCCCUUGGGACCAAACCAUUAGCCAAUCAGGUGGCAGGACACAAAUAUGGGGAAGGGAAGACAAAACUAGGUUGCCUACAACAUGAGGAUGGCACAGUUCUUAAGCCUGUCCAGGGCCCACCUCGUGGUCAGAGAGAGAUGGACUUUUAUACUACCGCCUUUGACGAGAACUGCUCCAACAAAACUCUUUUUAAUCUACGACAAUUUAUCCCCAAAUUCUCUGGCAUAGUACAAUGUACUGACAACCCAAAUGUGAGUUACUUGAAGUUAGAGAACCUAAUGCAUCACCUCAGUAAACCCAGUGUCAUUGAUAUCAAGAUGGGCAAACGAACCUACGAUCCAGAGGCACCUCCUGAAAAAAUUGCUCUAGAAGUGGCCAAAUUCCCUCCUGUUCUCAAACUAGGCUACCAACUUUCUGGCAUGCAGGUGUUUGACCCUGAAUUAAAUAAGACUGUGAAGUAUGACAAAUACUACUGUAAAAGGUUAUUUGAGGACACCAUGGUUACACAUGGGUUAGGAAAAUUCUUCUUGAUUGACAACGGUUUGAGAAAGGAUGUGAUAAAGGUUGUGGUGGACAAACUAAAGGAACUGGAAAGUUGGUUUUUAGAGCAAAGAAUGUAUGCAUUUUAUGCAAGCUCAAUAUUGAUUGUGUAUGAAGGGGAUGUUAAACAUAAACCAGACUGUUCAACCGUGGUCAAUAGUGACCAGACAAAGAAAAAUAGGGAAAACACAUUAAGGUCCAACUCUCCACUGAUGGAAAAUGGAGAUGAGGAUACCAACAAAUCUAUAGACUCCUUGCAUAUAGGAAAUGGAGAUGUCGAUGGCAGAAUUUCUGCUAAACUAAAUGGUGCCUGUGAGCGCCCUCUUGUUGAAAUACGGAUGAUAGACUUCACACAUGUGUUUCCUUCACAAGAAGAAGACAGUAAUUAUUUGUUUGGCCUACAAAAUCUGAUCAAGCAUUUUCAAUGUCUUUUAGAAAUGCCAUCUUGAGCUUGGAUUCUAUAAUUUACGAUAGUGUUCAUAGUUGGAAAACUCUUCAAUGAUUAUAUCUUUGGUCUUUCUAUAAU